AUGGCGCUGCGGGUGGACCUCAAGGCUGUUUCUGCCAUGUUUGAAGACGCAUUCGAGCUAAGGGAUAAAUCGACGGUUGAGAAGGAAUUGGAGCACUGGGAGCGAGAGCAAACAUGUAUUACUGUGGAUCAUGUUGAUGGAGGUAGGUUAGAUCAUCGUGCAGAGGAAGAGCCAACGAAAGUGAACGGGAAGGAAGAUGAGAAAGUUCAAUCUCUGCAGCAGCAGCUCUCGCACACUUCUCACACUCCUCCGAGCUCACACGCCGACAACAGAACUUCUCACCAAGAGCUGGAAGGGAAGGAGCAGGAGGAGCAAGGCUUCUCUAUCAGCAAGACCCUUGAGAUGUUUGCGUCUCGCAACCUCAAGCGCUUCCUGCUCGUCUUCUUCCUCCUGGUCGGGGUCCUGGUUCUCCUCUACCGCGUCGAAGGAGAUCUCGACGGUCCUCGCCUGCUCCCUCCGAUCGUUUCUCACCGUGAGGAUGCAGAGGAUGCCAAGAGGCAGCAGGAGGGCUGGGAGGGGCAGCAGCUGACGGGGCAGCAACUUCUCCUCCUCCUCCAGCCUCUCAUUCGUGAAUGCCCAGCAUUGGAAGUGUCUUGUCUUGACCGUCACUCCACCUCCUUCAACAAGCUCAUCGUGGACUCUAAAAG